CCUUCACUGAGACGUAAAUACAUUGUCAAAUCUUUUUUUUUUCUUUUGAUUAUAGACAAUCAAAAAAAGUGAAUGAUAAUGAUGAAUCAAUAGAUAAUGAUGAAGAAGAAAUGUUAACAAAAAUGAUGUCCAAUAAUCGAAGUGGUGCUCGAGUAGGCAAAGGUAUUCGACAAGUUAUUGAAAAAAAAGAAGGUUUAUUUCGUAUGUAUAUUAUGGUUGGAAUACCUGAAAUAUUUCCAAAAAAAUUAACUUAUCCAGAAUUAGUUACACCAGAUAAUGUUCAUGAAUUACGUCAAUUAAUUCUUAAUGGACCAGAUGUUCAUCCUGGAGGAAAUUUUGUUGAACUUGAAUGA